GAAAGUUUAUAGACGUCAGCGGGAAGGUAUGAAGUUGUGCUGAGGCGGUGGAGGUGUCGUCAACAAUGUUACUUUUAUGUUGAAAGAAUAACUCACUGCUCUUUGAGUUUGUCUUUAGUAAGUUUGUUGCUCCUCGCAGCCUGGGGCAUAAAUAUUGGUGGAUCAUCAGAAAUCAAGAGCAAUAUGGAGUCAUUAACAGCCCAUUUUGAUGACCUCAUCAGAUGCAUGCAGGUCCUUGCUGAUCCAGCAGAGGAAAAAUUCCUGGAAUUUGUGGAAGGUCAAGAGCAAUAUCACAUUCAUAUAAAAAAUUUAGAGGCUGAAGUCCAGCGUUUACAACAACAAACCUUGCAGCAUCAGAAAGAGAUCAAAUCUUUGGAGAUGAAACUCAGAAAUGCUCGACACUUGCUCGAUGUUGAGAAAUCUAAAAGAAUCUCUGUAGAAAAUGAAAAGAAUGAUUUGGCUGGACAGAUUGGCUUGGUAAUGGACCUUCUUGGGCGAGGUCAAGUCAACGAGACGAGGGAGAAGCUGAUUCAACUUCAGAAUUCUUUCAGUUUUAUUGGUGGAACAGAUCAGCGCCGCACCACAAGAGAUCACUCUCCUGGUCCUUUAUCUACCAUCACUGAAGAUAACAAUUCAGCAGAUACCAUCCUUGAUGUAUCACAAAUGGACAUAACUGAAGAGGACGAGCUGGAAGAAUCUCGCCUCAGAUCUGGCCGUAAUUUUAAACGCAAGACUUCAGAUCUUCAUGACAAGUCAGGUCAUAAGAGGCACUCUGGUAAAAAGAAUGAAAAUGAAGUGCAAAGUCAUGAGGUGAAGACACAAGUAACCUAUUACACUGCUGGUGAGGAGCUGAAGAAGAUCCACACUGAAGUUGAAGUUAAAUCAUCUCAGCCAGUAACAGCAGGAGACUUGGAGACUACAGAUUCCAGGUCUUUCAACUCCUUGACAGAUGAACCAUCUUUACAAUCAAGUCCAUGUAAGAGACCUCCACGAGUGCCUGCACCUCAACCACCUUCAACACCAGUGCCUAACAUUGUAUAUCCUGUCUACUCACAGCAACUGCUGCCCAAUCCCAUGACACCACAGCAGGGUAAUGUUACUCCGUAUACUACUCCUACACACACCCCAAUCAUUCGGCACUAUUCCUCAGCAAGCAAAUUGAACACGAGGGUACAUGCUUUCUACACGAAAAACAUAUAUAAAACUGAACAUUGCCAGCCAUGUGGAAAAAGAAUAAAGUUUGGGAAGGUUGCACUGAAGUGUAGGGACUGUCGAGCUACUUGCCAUCCAGAAUGUCGUGAGUCUGUUCCCCUUCCCUGUGUUCCAACUGCAAACACACCAACUGCUAAAGGCCAACUAAGCAUAAUUGCGGAUUAUACUCCACGUGUUCCUCCCAUGGUUCCUGCCCUGGUGGUUCACUGUACCAAUGAGGUAGAGAACCGUGGCCUAAGUGAAGUUGGCAUUUACCGCAUACCUGGUGCUGAAAAAGAUGUUAAGGAGCUGAAGGAACGAUUCCUAAGGGGAAAAGGUCUGCCCAAUCUUUCACAAGUUGAUGUUCAUGUCAUAUGUGGAGCUCUGAAGGACUUCAUGAGAUCACUGAAGGAGCCCCUUGUCACACACCUUCUUUGGAAAGACUUCACAAGUGCUGCUGAAAAAUCAGAAGCCCAAGACUCCACAGCUGCUUUGUAUCAAGCUAUUUCAGAGUUACCUCAGCCUAACCGUGAUACAUUGGCUUGGGUCAUCACACAUCUGCAAAGAGUUGCUGAAUGCCCUGAGUGCAAAAUGCCAAUCUCCAACUUGGCAAAAGUGUUUGGGCCAACGCUUGUUGGAUAUUCCGUUGCUGAACCUGAUCCCUCAACUAUGGUCAUGGAGACCCGUCAGCAGCAGCAGGUAAACUAUUAA